UAACAACAAUGUAAAACAAUUAAGAAUAUGUGGUCCACCGAUUUAAUGAAAAUAAUGCCAGUGUUGAUUUAAAUAAAAAAAAUGACAAAUCUCAAAAAGGCUAGAACCCGGACUUUGUCGCGCCUUGAAAUCAAUUAAAAAUGUAAAAAGUAACAACAGAAAAGUCAAAUUUCAAAAUCAAACUUUUGAAAAAGUUGCAACGAAGUCAAAACUAUUUUAAAGUAGCAUUUAAUUUCUAUAGACUUAGAUGUAAUUAGAUCAAGAUAUUUCAUAUAGACAAAACAAUGGACCAUUCUUACUCAGACGCAGAUGUUUCUUUAUCUCCUUCUCAAAUUUUGGAACGCUUACAAAUGCUGCGGCAGUGGCAACUAUUACAACGAGGGAAACUACAAAAGCAACAGUUGCAAUAUCACGAAUCAUCUGAAAUUACUUCGACCAUAACGGAAUUAGUAAGCCACUUUAGCAAUAGCACCAGUUAUAAUACAUUUCGUACAUUGUUACAAUCAUCGCAAGAUGAAACUGACGAAAAUUCACCCCAAUUACGAGCAAGCAUCCAAAACAAUAUAUCCAGAAAAACUGGCUUACAAAAUGCGAUGGACGGAGUGUCUGUAUUAAAUUUGUCUGGAGAGUCGGAAAAUAUAGAGAGUUCGCCUAUUUCUUCGAGGAGUAUAAUAUCAGAGAAACAAGAUACAAGUAAUCAACAAUCAGUGCAUGUUACUGAUACAAAAACCUUAUCAAAGAAACAAAUAUCUUUAGAUGAUAUGCCAAUACUUUCACCUAAAAAAGAUUUUGAAGCUCUGAUUUCAGAAAAACUCAAACAUGAAGUUACUACCGUUAAUCCUAAACAAAUACAAAAUGGCAAAAAACCAUUUUUAAAAAGGGGGCAAGGUACAGCUCGUUUUGGUCUAAAGAAGAAUGAUUUUAAAAUACAAAAUACAAGAUCUUUACCUUGGAGAAAAUCAGGAUUGGUUGAAAAACUGAGUGCAAAAAAUAAUGUAAAUAAAUCCAAAGAGAAUAUACAAAACACUAAAGUUCAAGUACAAAUUGUAGUUGACAAACCUAAAACUGUUUCUCCUUUAAAGACUAAUAAUCUUCCACUUUUGAAAAAACCAGCGAAUGGAGUAAGUUCUACAUAUCAAACUGGCAACAAUGACCAAAUUUUACCCACAAGCAAACAAAUUGACAAUAUUUCAAAUAAUGGAAAUUCUAGCAAUGUAUCUGACAAUAUUUUAGACCCAGUUAUUAAAUAUCCUAAAGGAAAACAUCCAUUAUCCACUAAUAAAGAAAAAACAUGGGCAGCUAUGUUUACUAAAGAACAAGAUGACUUUUUAAGGAAGCUCAAGCAAAGUGAAUAUUACAAAAAUUUUGCCUCGCCUGCUAAAAGUACACUUUCUGACAUAAGUUGUGAUGAACAACUAUCAAACAUACAACAAAGUAGGGAAGACACUGAACAAAAUAUGUUUGAACUAAUAGAAAACAAAGUAUCUCAUGAAAGUUUUGCUAUAGAUAACUCUUUCUUUAGCCGUUUUCUAAGAAAAGAUGACUUAGAAUGUUCUGGUGAAAGUACACCACAAGUUUUGCAAAAAUGCUUGUCCAAAAAUCCAAAUUUAAUACAUAUCCUGCCUGACCUAAUGCAAAGAAAACGAAACAAUGAGUCUUGCAGUGAUGUAGGGACUUGUGAUAGUGACUACACAGAAUGUAGUGAAAAUUGUUCCUCUGUGUCUAGUUGCUGUUCAUGCAAAACUGUAACUCAAAGUAUUUUGAAUACACCUUGUAAUCAAAAAGAUACCAACGAAAAAGGUCCUAAAAUAGUUCAUCAGACUAAAAAUGUGACAGACGAUAAAAAAGAUGUACAAUGUCAUAACAACAGUGUGACAGCUGCAAAUGAAGAAAUGAAUAGUAACAUUGCUGAAAUGAAUUCCAAAUUAAUAGCCACCAGUGAACUGCUCAAAGAUAGACUUCGAGAAUUGGAAGAUGAAAUUGAAACCUUUAGAAAAGAAAAUGCAAAUUUAAAUAAAAUGCGUGAGGAGAUAGACCUUGAGCGUCAAAAGUUUUAUGAAGAGAAAACUUCCUUUGAACAAAAGUUUAAUGAAGAGAAAAUUCUAUCUGAAUAUUAUUUAGCAGAGGAAAAAGAAAAACUAGCUAAGCAGAAACAGAUGUAUGAGAGGUAUGUAAGAGAAAUGAGAGGUCGCCUUAGUAAAAAAGAAAAAGAUGAAGUUGUAAACUUAAAAAAAGAAAUACAUGAUCUUAAAGAAGAGAUAAAGUUAAAGGAUGCUAAAUCAACAUCUACAAUUGCACGUUUACGUAAUCAAAUCAAAAUUUUGGAGAAAGAUAAAAAAGGUCUUGAAGAUGAAGUUGACAAAUUAAAUAAAGAAAAUAGAAGAAUUCAGCAUAGUAAUGAGAUUACACGAAGAUUAACUAACCUCAAGUAUUUAGAGCAGAUUAAUAAAAAACUUUCGAACAUGGCUACAAAAGAUAGUCAAUCAGAAGUGAAAUUAGAUUCAGAUGUUAAAUAUCGUUCCUAUGAAAUUGAAAGACAAAGCAGAUCUAGAAAAAGUCAACAAUUUACAAAAACUUUACCUAAACCAAGAGCGAAAAGUGUGCCAAACUUAAAAGUUACUUCUCGGUAUGCAAAAUAUUUCAGUCAAAAAGAUUCAAAAAGUGAUAAAGAUAGAUUUAAAACUACACAUGAUGAAAAUCAUGAAAUAUUCCCAGGGUCUUAUGAAGAUAAUGUAAUAAAUAGUGACAAUGAACUUAACUUAGAUAUGUCGAAAAUAAACAGAAGUAACUCUGAUAGUGAAGAAGAAAACAACUUGGAAAAAAUAUACAAUGAAAGAUUCAAAUCACCAUCUCCCUAUAGUAAAAGAACUAGCACAUCAACUUCUGAUAACAGUCCGGAAUUUAUAAAUAGUAAAGUUGGGAGCUGUAAUGAUUUUUUUAUAAGCAAACCUGCUACAAAGUUAAAACAAGCAUCUUCACAUGAACAGAUGUCUUAUUAUAUGAGUUCAAAUGCAUCUAAUUCAUCCACUUUAAGCAAAAGAAGGUCAAAUGAACAUAGAAUGACACAUGAGGAUUCUGAUCCCUUAAGAUCAAAUCAAAGAACCAAAUCUCCAGUUUCAAUUCUUAGCAAUCAUUCAUCUUCGAGUCAGAAAUUGGGAACGGUUAUCAACAAAGAAGUAUUGUCUGAUGCCAGAAUGAUUCCCAGUCCUGAGCCAGGAAUCAAAACAAGCUCCGCAAGAACAAAUUUAAAUCCGAUAGAGAUACGAAAGCCAGAUGGUACAAAAGAACUGAAAUUCCCAAAUGGUAAUGUAAAGUUCAUUUCAGCAGACAACAAAUACAGCAAGUUCAUAUAUUACAAUGGGGAUAUAAAAGAAAACUUUUACAAUGAAGGCAGAAUUAAGUAUUAUUAUGCAGAAACCAAAACAUUCCAUACAACACAUCCUGAUGGAUUAGAAGUUCUGGAAUUUCCAGAUGGUCAAGUAGAAAAACGUUACAAAGAUGGUUCAUCAGAAAUAAGAUUGCCAAAUGGUAGUGUGCGAUACUUUGAUCCUAAGAAUGAUCAUGUCCGUGAAGAAUGGAGGUUUCCUGAUGGUGCUGCUCUAACUGUCUCGGCCAGUGGAGAACAAAGAAUUGUAUUUCCUAAUGGACAAAUAGAAGUUCAUGCUAAAGAUCAUAAGCGACGUGAAUUCCCUGAUGGAACAAUAAAACUGGUGUACAGUGAUGGUACGUCAGAAACUCGAUAUGCAUCUGGUCGAGUAAGGAUUAAAGAUAAACACGGAAAUCUGAUAAUGGACUCAUCUGCUUCUUGAUAAUAUCAGUAAACAAUUCAUCCCUUGAAUUAUUUUGAAACAUUUAAAAUUAGCUUGAAUCUUGUUGAAUGUAUAAACACAAUUUUCUGAAGUUACUCAGCUCUUUCAAUACUUGUGAAGUUUGAAAUUGAUUGUGAUUGUAUAUAAAUUAAAAACUGUGAUUUCUAGUGCCUUGAAAGAUGUGUUCUUAUAUUAUGUGUGACAAUAAUAAUUAAAUUUUAUAAUAAUUAUUAUGUAAGGUGUAUUUAAUAAAAUUGUUUUAGUGAAUAUUUAAAAUGUAAGAAUAAAUUAAAACUAUAUUUAUUUAA